CCAUGCUUCUACCCUCUUCACAACUACUCCUCCUUGGCCUCCUCACCUGGAGUCCUAGGGCAUCAUGGGCCGCUAAAGUGAUCGUGGUCCCACCCAUUAUGUUUGAAUCACACCUCUACAUUUUCAAGACGUUGGCCACAGCUCUGCACCAGGAAGGCCAUGAGACCCACUUUCUAAUUUCAGAGGGUCGUGGGGUGCCCCCUUCCCCUUACUACCAUUUACAGCGCUACCCAGGGAUCUUUAACAGCACCACGGCUGACAAUUUCCUCCAGUCAAAAGUCAGCAACAUCUUCUCAGGCCGCCUGACAUUUCUGGAACUGUUUGAUAUACUUGACCACUACUCUCAGAACUGUGAUGCUGUCGUUGGCAAUGUUGAGGUAAUGACCCGCCUCAAGGAGGCCAAGUUUGACCUGCUGCUGGUAGACCCUAAUGAGAUGUGUGGUUUUGUGAUCGCUCAUAUCCUGGGUGUGAAAUAUGCCGUGUUCAGUACAGGCCUGUGGUACCCUGCAGAGGCGGGCGCCCCAGCCCCACUUUCAUAUGUACCCGAAUUCAACUCAUUGCUGACAGACCGCAUGUCUCUGGUCCAGAGGAUUGCCAACACAGCUGUUUACCUGGUGCAGCGCUUUGGAGUCCGUUAUAUUGCAUUACCCAAGUAUGACCGGAUUAUGAAGAAACAUGGAGUGAAGCCUCAAGUGGCCAUGUCUGACUUAGUGCAGGGCAGCCGGCUGUGGAUGCUAUGCACUGACUUGGCUCUGGAGUUUCCCAGGCCCACCCUGCCACAUGUGGUGUACAUAGGAGGAAUCCUUACCAAGCCCCCCAAUCCACUUCCACAGGACUUUGAGGCAUGGGUGAAUGACACAGCGGAACAUGGCUUUGUGGUUGUGUCAUUUGGAGCUGGGGUCAAGUACCUUUCCCAUGACAUUGCUCACAAACUGGCUGGAGCCCUCGCCAGGCUGCCCCAACGUGUCAUCUGGAGAUUCUCUGGAGUGCCACCCAGUAACCUUGGUAACAACACCAAGCUUGUUGAUUGGAUGCCUCAGAAUGACUUAUUAGGUCACACCAACACAAGAGCCUUUCUGAGCCAUGGUGGCCUGAACAGCAUCUACGAGGCCAUGUAUCAUGGGGUGCCAGUGGUAGGUGUGCCCCUGUUUGGAGACCACUAUGACACCAUGACUCGUGUGGCAGCUAAAGGUAUGGGUAUCAUGCUACACUGGAAGUACAUGACUGAGGAAGACCUCUACACAGCCCUGAUCAGCGUCAUCAAAGACACCAGGUACCGGCAGCAAGCACGUACUCUCUCUAACAUUCACAAAGACCAGCCAGGCCAUCCUGUGACCAGGGCUGUCUACUGGAUCAGCUACAUCCUACGUCACCAUGGUGCCAACCACCUGCGCUCCGCCGUAUAUGAGGUGUCCCCCUACCAAUACUUCCUGCUGGAUGUGAUUUUCACUGUAGGGGCUGGCUUAGCUCUGAUCGUCUUUGCCCUGCGAGGGUUGGUACGAUUGCUGAGGGGGAAGAGCAGAGAAGAUGGUGUCCCCAGGGAUGAUGAUAACAUGGCCAAUGGACAUUGCCAUAGCGAGAGCAUGGCCAACGGGAAACACAAACGCAAUGGCUCCUUGAAAAUCGAGAAGAAGCUGAAUUAAUGUUUUGAUUGACCAAAAGGGAUGAGGAAGAAGUUGCCCCAAGGACUCAGCUCUAGGUUUAGUUAAGUGGGUUAAUUAAAACAUUUUGAGAGAAAGCUUUUCUUAGGUCUAUGUCAAGAGGCAACUGCUACUCAGAGUGAGCAAGAUGCUGUAGGGUACACAAUGCAUCGUGUGGGGACAGAGCAAGGCAUCGGAUGCUCAAAAUCUGUGUGUGUCUGUGUUUGUGGAUGUGUGUGUGUGUGUCUGUGUCUGUGUGGGUGUAUGCGUAUGUGUGAACUGAAGCGAAUUUAACGAAAACUCUAUUAAAAGAAGCUACAGCAAUACAAAACCAAAUUGGAAAGUCAUUGAGGAUCAAACGCAGGAAAGACACAUUGGGAGGACAUUGUUUUUUCAUGUUCGUCAAUUUUCCUGCAAGUUCCCUGUUGUCUUCCUGGCUUCCUUACCAAUGGAAGGAUCAUGAAGAGGUUAUAUCCUGAGCGCCAACUCCUGAUCCUCAGAACAAGACAAGAAAACCAACGGAUAACUUUUGAAAUAGUUAGGAUUUAAUGCUUUUAACGGCAAACUCUGCUUCUAAGUGUGUCUGGUAAACUGUAAAUAGAGAAAACAUCUUAUUAUUACUGUACAAAUGCAUUUUAAUGAUGGACCCUUUUAAUCUAAUUUUUUAAUUUAUUUCAUGUAUCAAUAGCGUGUUAGCAUUAUGGUAUAUGUACACUCCCUUGUCUAAGCUCAUAUUGGUGAAAUAAACAAAACAAAGACUUACAGCUUAAGUCAUUAUAAGUCUGCACAGGUCUGUGCUUUCUGCAGUUUAAUCAUCCACAGUAUUCAUGGUGGUCUUGUUUCAAUCUAAUCAGAGUGUUGAAAAUAUUUUAAAUUUUACCUUUUCACACGGUAGUGCCAUCCUUUGACUGCACUUAGCUGUGCAGCGCCACCUUAUCUCCAGACUGACAGUUUGCUCUGGUAGAGUAUAACUUAAUUGAACUUUGGGCUUAUCAGUGUGAAAAGGGUGAUCAUGUUAUCAUCCAAAUAUAUAAAAAUGAUGACAACUGGGGAUACUAUGGAUAGGCAGAGCCAGAUCAGAAAUGUGCUCAGGGAUGAGUCAGAGCAUUACUGAUUUAUGUCUAGCUUCAUUAUUACCAUGUCUUAGUUCUCCAUCCCUAUCUCAUCUAUUUAUUGAUUAAUAAUUAAAUUAAUUCAUGACUUGAUUGUCAUUUUUAGUGCUGCACUUGACUUUGUGCAUCAUUCCUCUAUGAUUCAUUCAAUUGAUCAUUUCUAACACACUUUAUGUUGCAAAUGCUAGCUUUAGGUUACACAGUUCAGGUAGAAAUCCAUUCAUUGCUUCUCUUUUGCAAGUUAAAAUCCAUUAGAUUAAGCUAUUGAGGUUUAUGUUGAGUUUACCUUAUGCAAUUAUAUUAACUUCUGAGUGUGAAUGAUUCACAUUCUUUAUGUUUCCUUUUAUAAUGCAAAUACUUGACCACAUGUGUAUGUUUGCUUGUUACUGUUUUAGAUAACUGUACAGGUUGUACAGAGUGUAUGGAUGAAACAAGACAAAUGAGGUAUACCUCAAACAAAAAACAAACACUGGCUUUUCUGCCAUUUUAUGAAGUCAUCAUACUAAGUGUAUGGUCAUGCAAUUGAUUUGUUAUGUUCUUAAUCAGAUAGAGGAAGAGUGUAAGGAGGGUGAAAGAGUGACUUAAUAGUAGACAACAAAGGUAAACCCAACUACUUCUACAAUGAAAAAUAGUGUGUCUAAAGUGACACUGAUCCCUGCAGUAAAAUCUUUUCUUGAAACUUGUUGAAGAGAUCAAAGUACAGGGCGAGCUGGAGGAGUAUCGUUAAAGUUUGUGGGGAUUCAGUAUCUCACUAAUAGACAUUUUAGAAGGUCAGGUCCUUGUGGACAUGGGACAUAAAAAAUUAACAUGAGACUUCCAGUUGAACCACCAGGCCACCCUUUCUGUAUUUACCUCAGUUUUUCCAGCAGUACAGCCCAGACAUCUACUUUCUAAAGAUUUAAAUUGCAACCAGAACUGGCAUUCUAGCAAAGAGAGUUUACCAAAUUAAUAAAGCAUAGCACUUGGACAACAUAGCUAUGUAUUUAAAGGAGACAAAAUAAAUGCUAUCACUUAACCUGUCAAUGUUGCUGAGGACUUAACACCCAACCAACAUACUGUACAUGUUCAAACAUCCUGUAUGAUAAUUGAGAAAAGCUUCAUGAUCUUCCUUUCUCUGUGAGCUACAAAUACACUUGCACAGCCCAACCCCAGCCCUGCUGAAAACAGACUAUUACACUUGAAUCAUCACCAUCAUCAUCAUCUAUAACAAGUUCAGCUGUUGGGUAUGGUAUGUAGGCCUGCAGGUGCUACACAUGCUAUGAACAGGGUCUGAAGAAAAAAAAACAUUUGGGAAAAUACAAAUUUAGUUAAUUGUUUUUUUCAGUAUUAAUGUUAUAGCCUACAUAGUUAAAUGUGUACCCAUGCCCAUCCUUUUAUUGUUUUUUCACUUACUCUGCUGUCUGACGUGUCUGUUCUUGUGAUGUUUGCAUUUCAUCAGCUUUAAAUUUUCUUUGUUCCGUCUUCAAUAGUGCACUUUCUUGGUCCAUUUGUCCACCUCUUUGUCUUACUUGUAACUUCCUUGUGUAUUCUGCUGUCAUUGUAUUCUUGUAUUUUUCUUCCUCCUCCUCCCCCUAUUAAAUUUGAGAUGUUAUUAGAUAGGCAGAUUCACAUUAGACUCAUUCACAUUUGUAAACCUUCACUUUACUUAGAAUUUAAAAUUACAUUGAGUCCUCAAUUUUCCUGUCAUGUGUAUCCAUGUUGUAAAUAGAACAAAAAACUAAUGCUGAAUAAAAAAUACAUAUUUUGUUUGCA